UAUGGCUCCCAACGCACAUCCGCCACAAAUUACGAGUGCUUCCUCAGUAAAGGAAAUUCUCUACGAAGGAGAUUACUACGAUGUGACAAACUUUAUUAAGCAGCAUCCCGGCGGCUCAAUUAUUGAAUUCUAUGUCGAACAUGGACAAGAUGCCACCCACGCGGUUCAGCAGUUUCACCAACGUUCCUCCAAAAAAGUCAAGGUCAUGAUGCAAUCAUUCCCGAAACGUGAAGCGACCGACAGGCAGGUUGUCCUUGGAACCGAGAAGCUGAAAAGACACCGCGCCCUCACGGAAGAUUUUAACACGCUAUAUCUCGAACUGGAAAAGGAGGGAAUGUUCAAACCUUCUUAUUUGCAUAAUAUUUAUCGCAUCUUGGAAGCCAUCGCGAUCGGAUAUCUUGGAUAUUUGCUCAUUUUUUCACAAUUUUAUACGGUGAAAUUGUUGGGCUGCUUGCUUCUCGCCUUGGGGCAGAGUAGGACCGGCUGGAUGAUGCAUGAAGCCGGCCAUAAUUCGAUGACUGGAAACCCCAAGGUGGACAAAGUCUUGCACAAAAUAAUUUGCGGGACGGGUGUCGGGAUGUCGUCGACUUGGUGGCAGAAGGGUCACAAUCGCCACCACGCGAUGCCACAACGCCUCCACCGCGACAUUGAUCUGGACACUUUACCCCUGAUUGCGACUAAUGUUGCGAUCGUCGGAGAGCGGGAGAAAGGAUCGUUUCUUCUGCAGAAUCAGAUUUACUUUUACUUGACGAUUGACACCCUGCUGGCAGCCUUUGCUUGGCAAUUGUACCUUCAUCCGAGACACGUGAUUAAACAUCGAGACUACCUGCAGGCCCUCGCCCUCUUUGGGCAUUACUAUUUACUCCUGUAUCACUGUGGAUUUUUACCCUGGCUGAUAUCAACUUGGGCUUUGUCGAUCUUUAUGUUUGCACAUUUUGCCCUGUCACACACUUUUCUACCGUUAAGUGAAGAAAUCACACACUGGGUGGAAUACUCGCUCCUGCACACGGCCGAUAUCGAACAGCGACCCUGGUGCAAUUGGUGGAUGGGAUAUUUAAACUAUCAAGUGGAGCAUCACUUGUUUCCAACCAUGCCAAAUUUUCGCCAUCCUCAAAUCAAGGAUAGGGUUCGAGCACUGGCGGAAAAACAUGGCCUUAAAUAUUACGUGUUUUCAUAUACAGACGCUAUCUACAGGUCGUUCAAGAAUUUGCGAGAUGUUUCACAACAAUUAAAGGAAUCCUGAAAGAAGACGGAUUUCUGAAAAUUGACUAGUAAAUAAUCUGUUCAUUUUAAACUUACUCUCCGUGGAGGGGUAAAGAUAUUCAUAGCAAAUAAAAUAAAAUUAUGUUGAUGUUUUCAUCGUGUGAUAAGUUAAAUGAGUUAACGUCGUGUCCAUCAUGUCUGUCAAUAUGUAUUUACAUACGUAAUAAAAAUUGAUGUGAAUGUGCACGCUUAAUAAAAAAGCAUGUAUCUAUCUGAUUAAUAAAAGGAAUC